CAAAAUCAGUUAGCGUUGCACAUUUCGGGGUGUUGGUUGUAAUUGUAUGUUCGCAUCGCCGCAUUGGAGUAAUAUUUUAGGUGCACGAUAUUGGCCAGUUGCAGUGACAGAUUAUUGCUAACACAAAUUGACAGCGUGCAUGCCACGAGAAUUAUACAACGGUAGCUUAGUUGAAGUAUCAAAAAAAGAAAAAGAAUCUAUAGAAAAAAUAACUAAUGAAAUUCAAUUAAAUUGAAAAAAAAAAACAAAAAAUUAAAAAUAAUUAAAAAAAAAUUUCGAAAAAAAAUUAUCGAAAAAAAAUUAUCUAAAAAAAUUCAAAAAAAAAAUAUUGAAAAAAAUUAACGAAAAACUUUCGAAAAAAGUUAUCGAAAAAAUUAUCGAAACACUUUCGAAAAAAGUUAUCGAAAAAAAAUUUAACGCAAAAGGAAUUCCUGUAAAAAUUUAUUUUACCUUAAAAAAUCUCCUAAUUAAAAAGCAACUACGGUUAAUUUAGUGAGCGUCAUAAAUCAAAGCUGUACAUACAUAUCUACUGUAGAUAAAAUUUGAAUUUUCUAAGAAAUUUACAAAAUUUCGGCAUAAAAGUAAAAGUGUAAACGUUGCUGGACGCCAACUUGGUAGCCAACGGGAAAACAGCUCUUAACCAUAACUGCCAUAAAUUCAAAAUUCAAAAUAUUUAAGUUCGAGGAUUUGCCGAUAAGACCGAAGAUGUCCCUUUUCGGCGGCAACAGUCACUCCAUUUCCGAGGAAGAGAUCGAUGAAUAUUCCGAUGGCACCGUAAAGCUGCGUAAUUCGAACAUCGAACUGAUGGAUCAAGAUAUUCUCUACCAUCUUGCUCUGGGCAGUGAAAGUCAUGAUUUGCACGAAAUGUUCGGUGAUGUUAAAUUUGUUUGCAUGGGCGGAACACCAAAGCGUAUGGAAAACUUUGCACAUUUCAUUAUGGGUGAAAUUGGUUAUAAAUUACCCGCCGGUACAAAAUUGGAAGACAUCAGCGCCUAUUCAUAUCGUUACUCAAUGUACAAAGUAGGUCCAGUGCUUUGUGUUAGUCACGGCAUGGGAACACCCUCUGUCAGCAUAUUGUUGCACGAAUUGAUCAAACUCAUGUAUCACGCCAAGUGUCAAGACCCCAUAUUUAUACGUAUUGGCACUUGUGGUGGUGUUGGAGUUGAGGGGGGUACUGUUAUCAUCACCGAAGAAGCGCUCGAUAGCCACAUGCGGAAUGCGCACGAAUUUACAAUUUUGGGCAAAACUGUUUUGCGACCUGCCAAAUUGGAUAAGAAACUGGCACGUGAGCUGAAAGCGCUCGCCAGUGAGGAUGAUCCUUAUGACACGAUUAUCGGCAAAACGCUCUGUACAAAUGACUUCUAUGAAGGUCAAGGUCGUUUGGAUGGUGCAUUCUGCGAAUUCACCGAAACCGAUAAAAUGGAGUAUUUGGAGAUGUUGAGCAGCAAAGGUGUGGUCAACAUCGAAAUGGAGAGCACCAUUUUCGCUGCACUUACAUAUCAUGCUGGCAUUAAAGCGGCAGUCGUAUGCGUUGCACUAUUAAAUCGUCUAAAUGGUGAUCAGGUAAACGCACCCAAAGAAGUAAUGCAUGAAUGGCAGAAUCGGCCGCAAACGCUCAUUUCGCGUUACAUAUGCAAAACGUUGGCGCAGAAAGGGCAACUGAAGUCACUCUCCCGAGGCUCAAUAAAGUCGCCACGACGCUUCAAGCUGGUGCAACAAGAAUCACAGGCGCAUGAAUAAGCAUCACAAGUGUUUUAUAAAUAAAAAUAUAUAUAAACGAAUAUAAUUACUUACAUACCUAAAUACUACAUAUAUUGACGAAGAUCAUUUGUUGCCAGUUAACUUGCCAGUCAUAAUGGGCGGUGAAGCGCAACAUACGCAUUAGAUACUAUAUACCAUACAUACCCACAUAUAAACAUACACAAUAUUAAGAUUGAAACAAAAUACAAUUAAUUGCAUAUAGAUGUAUUUAUAAAUAUGUUAACAAGUAAAUUUAAUAAUAACAAAAACAAAAUGUUUAAAGACACUCCAUACGAAACAUUCCAAAAAAAAAAGCAAAGAGAAAAAACGAAACGUUAAAGACCAAAAACUAAUUGUUAGCCAGUGUUGCACAUGCAAUUUUUUUUAAGAAAAUAAAAAACAAUGAAACACAGCAAUUUAUUGUAGAAAAAUCAAUUUGCUGAAACGUUUAAAAUAUCGGAAUUUAUAUAUAUGUAUAGCGGUUUGUUUAAUACACGCUUUAUUGUGAAAGGAAAAUGUAAUUUUACUUUUUUAAUUUUGUAUUUAUGCUUAUUUAAGUUUUUAAGUUAUUUAUUUACGAAAUUAUUUUUAAAGUUUUCGAGUUUUUAAGCAAAUAAAUAAAAUUUCUAAACAAAAGCAAGCAACGAACAUUUUGCAUUAAUUCAAAUGAAGCGAUUGAGACACAUAAAUACCGUUACGAAAAUAGUAAAUGGUCAUGUUUAUGUUUAAAAAUUACAUAUUAUAAAUAUAAAUAAUUAUCUCAAAUAUUUCUUGAAAAAUGUAACCACUCACUUAAACCAGCUUAAUCAGUUACCAUAAGGUGUAAUAUGGAGUUAGAGGGUAUUAAAAAUCCAAUUUUUAAAAAUUUUUUCUUAGAAAAUUUUAAAUUUAUUGAUCCAAAAAUUUACACACAUACUAUGGUAUCCUUUAACUGUAUUUGAAAACUUAGUAUUAGUAAAAAAUAUUUAUUUGAAAAGGAACUACGACGGAUCUCUGCGAGCUACUCUCAAUAUAUACGUUUUGCGGCGACCACUAUAACUCUGAACUGGAUCUUACGGAAUUAAAAAAUAAACAAAGAGAUUUCGUGAAAGUUAUGUUAGAUCUAGUAGUUAAUCGAAGAAGUAAAAAAAAAAAACAAUUUGGCGACUUCUCAAAAAAAAUAUUGAUUUCGGGCUUAAAUUGCUUAUAAAUAAAUAUAUAAUGGGUUGUCAAAAAAGUCUUGCGGUAUUUUCGCUAGUUGGCGCUGAAAGCGCGUAGUUCUAGUUUUAUUCGUCGCAUUGGGGCAUGCUAUACCUUUUUGGAAGGCUCAUAUCACGUGCUAACACGUGUUUGAUUGGUUGUCGUUUCUUUUAAGUCGUUCAUGAGUUAUAGCAUGGAGCAAACAUGGAGCAAAAUAAAGAGAAAAUACGGCAUAUUUUACAGUACUACUACGAUAAAGGCAAAAAUGCAUCUCAAGCCGCCAAUAAAAUUUGUGCAGUUUAUGGACCUGAUACAGUUUCCAUUUCCACCGCACAACGAUGGUUUCAACGUUUUCGUUCUGGUGUAGAGGUGGUCGAAGAUGCGCCACGCUCCGGAAGGCCUGUCGUCGAAAAUUGCGAUAAAAUCGCUGAAUUGGUCGAAAGAGACCGGCAUAGUAGCAGCCGUAGCAUCGGUCAAGAGCUGGGCAUAAGUCAUCAAACCGUUAUAAACCAUUUGAAGAAGCUUGGAGUCACUAAGAAGCUCGAAAGGCGCAAACGGUCGUGGUCGAAAAGCGGUGAAGCGGCCCAGACGGUGGCCAAGCCUGGAUUGACGGCCAGGAGGGGUCUUCUGUGUGGGAUUGGCAGGGAAUAAUCUACUAUGAGCUGCUCCCCUAUGGCCAAACGCUCAAUUCGGACCUGUACGGCCAACAACUGGACCGCUUGAAGGCAGCACUCAUGCAGAAGAGGCCAUCUUUGAUCAACAGGACAAAGCCAGGCCACACACAUCUUUAGUGACGCGCCAGAAGCUCCGGGAGCUCGGAUGGGAGUUUCUUUUGCAUCCACCGUAUAGUCCGGAUCUCGCACAAAGUGAUUACCACCUGUUUCUUUCUAUGGCGGAUGCGCUUGGUAGUCUGAAGUUGACCACAAGAGAGUCCUGUGAAAAUUGGCUCUCCGAGUUUUUUGCCAAUAGAGAAGCGAGCUUCUAUCAAAGGGGCAUUAUGAAGUUGGCAUCUCGUUGGGAACGCGUCAUCGAACAAAACGGCGCAUAUUUAACUUGAAUCGCAUUAUUGUAACCAAUUUUAUGAACAAUUAAAAAUUCAAGCAAGACUGGUUUGACAACCUUAUAUGUAUAUCGAUGACAAAAAAUUAAAAAAAAAAAUACAUAUAUUUAAGAUGGUCGUGCUAAAAUUUGAGACUAAUCGGUUUAGUCGUUUUCAAGUAAUCUUGGUCACCGACUUUAAUAACACUAUUUUGAGAAUAACGUGUUUAAAGUUUGGAAUGCACUUCCAAGCACUCUGCAACGCCUUUCCAAAUUAGCGUGUAACUUCGAAAAUAUACACGGGAACGAAGUGAAAUUUGCUGGGUGUAUUCUUAAAUAUAUGCACAUUAGGGUGAUUCAAAAAAAUUUUUUUUUACUCGAAAAAAUAGGUUCCUAGACACAUCUAAGAAAGCCUCUCCAAGCAUGAGUUCUUAAUUGUAAUAGGAAGGUCCUCCUUCUUACAGUUUUUUUUCUUAUUAUCAGAUUGAAAAAUUUAUAUCUCGCUUCCAACUACUUGAAAAAAUAUCUUGUUCCUUAGAUUUUGUAGGAAAUUGAAUGCUCUACAAAAAAGGUCUUCUAUGAUUUUUUCGUAAACCCAACCGUUUAAAGGAUAUUAAAAAUCAUUAUGAAUGAUGAAACUCAUAGGUUUUUGGAGAGGCUUUCUUAGAGGUGUCUAGGAACCUAUUUUCUGUGUAAAAAAAAAUUUUUUUUUGAAUCAAACUAAUGUACAUUAAGAAAAUGAAAUUAAAAAAAUCAAAUUUUUGAAAAUUUUAACUGUAUAUAACCCGAGCGAGUUUUUCUCAGAUCAGUACUUUCGAAUGUGCUGUAGUGAUUACUCGGAGACAUUUGAUCCGAUUACUAUAUAAUGUUCUGGUAAGAUUUUUUUCUGGUUUCAUCUACGGUGAUCCCAAAAAUCACCUUUUUUAGGCUGCCACACAGAGUGUGUCCCUUAGUUACGUUUCAAAUUAAUCGUGCAUGCUUGUGUGUCUCGCAUAAUAAUUAAAAAAAUUAAAUAAUAAUAUACUUAACUAUAUUUCCAUAGUUGUAUUAAGUCUAUGUAUUUGUUAGCAAGUGGCAAAAGAAUGCACAGCUCGAUUAAUAUUUCUCUAGACGUGUUUAUCAACGGUUUAUCAGCUGUUGGUAUGUGAUUAUAAGCUGCAAUUGCAUAAAAUUUUCACAAGAGAGCAACAAUUUUAUACAAGAGAGUAACACCUCUUCUCAAUGGCAAGUUCCUUGCUAUUCUAAUUGAUUUAUGCGAUUGUUUUUCCGUUUCUCCCGCUCAAAGGUUCUUUUAAUAAUUAUUUCAAGGCGGUGAGCUCGCUUAAUUUUUAUCAAUCUUGCAGAAAUCGGAAAAAAUUUCGAUCUUUUGUUAUUGUUCUAAGUUGAAUUUUUUAUUUUAGCGAGUAUUCUUUUGCCGCUGGUGUACAACUAUGAGAGCUCGAUAUUAUUAUUAUUUAUUUACUUAUUUUUAUUAUUGUUAAUAAUAUUAAUUGAUUUAUGUAUAUAUAAAAGGAAAGCAAAAUUAAAUUAAUUAAAUUAAACUAAUAAUUUACGUCUAUGAAUUUAUAUAGAUAUAUGCAUCAUACACAGAAUAUAUAAUUUUUUGCAAGUUAAAUUUGCAACAACAAUAUAAAAAACAAUAUUUUAAAAUUUAUUUUAUUGUAUUUAUAUUAAAGUAAAUUAAACGAAAUAAUUGUUAAAUAAAAAAAUGUUAUUUUUCAUUUGUUCAAACGAAUUUUCAAGAAAGAAAAACAUAAAAAACUUGUGUGCUUUUUUUAUGCACGUCACUGUAAAAUAGCCUAAAUGAAAGCAAUUCAAAUUAUGCACAGUUCAUAUAAAGUUCUAAAAUAUUUACAAUUAUACAACAUUUGAACAUUUACAAGAUAUAAUUAUGUAAUUGCAAAACAAAAACAAUAGAGUAAAGUGUAAACAAAUAAUAGUAUUAAAUGAAAAUAAU